GCAACCAGCCUUGCAGAGGGACGCGAAGCUACCGCUCUCAGCUAUGGACAAAUGUCUCAGCGGUAAUGCCACAAUGCAGACUAAGAAUGUAAACGUAAACCAGGCUCCACUCAAUAACAGUGUUCAAGAGAAGAGUUUCCACGACGCUGCCGGACGCUCCAAUGUCACGUCCUUGCAGCAGACAACAAGUUCCAAUUCCGAUACUCCCCUGGGGUUCGCAGCCACCAGUCCAGCUCCGCCACUUCCCCCACGAGGUCUCUUGGCAUCUUCAGUGGUCCAGCCUCCUGGAAGCAGCAACACCAGCACAGUGCAAGCUGAGGUGGAUGGGUAUGGGGUUUACAAGCCCGUGCCACCCCCAAAGCCCUUGUCAUCGUGUGUUUCCACAACCUGCUACUCUCCACCGCCUUACAGAAUGCCACCGUUUCCACUGUAUGGAGAAACAGUUAUACCAGGAGCCGCAGCUUCCGAGCCUCCAGCCACAAGCAGUACCUCAGGCCUGCACACGCACUCCAGCAAGUUCCCGAUUGAACGAGAAGUGAUCCUGAGCAGUGCGGACAAGAACUCAAAGAUUCCAAUACUACACGAGUAUAAGAAGCAGCGUCCCAAAUCUGCAUCGGCAACAGCCAUUGCUCCCGAGGGCCCCAACAAGCAGUUGGCCUGGACAGAAGACAAGAAAGCUCCUGGCCUCACCCAAGCCGCUACAAUGCAAGUUCAUGACAGCCGGGGACCCAAGUCACAAGUUCCCCAGAAUUCCGGUCAUGAAUUCAGGAGUCAGUACCGCGGUGCUAAUGGAACUGAGAACCAAUUCAUGUACAACGGGCACCAUGGUGGAGUUUCAACUGGGGCUGUGCCUCGGACUUGGGUGGCAAGUGGACGUGCUGAUGAUGUUCCAGACAGUUGUCAAGCAAGAAAUGCACAGAAUUUCCAGUCCCAGGCUGUGGUAGGUAGGAGCCGGGCUCCUCUGCCUCUUGAGGACCAGCCUCGAAGGACCAGUCAGAUCAACAGUUCAGAUAGUGCAAAGGGAGAAGACGAAGUGGAGAGAGUGGAGGAGGAUGACACGGAAAGAAGCAAUGCGCAGAACAGUGGCUUGCAGGAUGCGACAAAAGAUGGCACGAAAGAAGGGGAUAAAAACAAGGCCUUUUCCUCUCGGACUUAUCACACGAUAAAAGACAUGAUCUCGAGCAGAUUUGGAAGUGGAAAGGCAAAGGAUGCAGUUGGGAAUGGUGAAGUGUAUAGUACAAAUGGAACUGAGGCAGGGAACAAAGUGGGUGAAAGUGGGCAGAACAGUACAGUGGCCUUGAACAAUACACCUGGUGCAAGUGUUGAGGGCUCAAGUAAGAACGUUCAUGGGAAUCCUCACAAAGUUACUCCCACUGGUCGGGCUGGUGCUUCCAUUCAGAAAGAGGAUGCAACUGGGGGUAUCUCAAACUCGGAAGAAUUGGAAAUGUCUCGGAAACAACGCGUAUUAGGGGGCGGUCCUCAGCAGGUUCUGGGUUCAACAAGGAACUACAGUGGUGAAAUACCUGGAGGGACUUUCCACAGUCCCCGUACGACUGCAAGAAGAUUAGGGACUGGAGAUGGACCUCCAGGAAGGGGAGCUGAUGGAGAGGCCACAAUGUGGAAGAGUGGGAGGGGCACCCCAGGUUCUUGUUCAGAACAGCAAGGACAUGCAACAGUGCAACAGGACAGGGGGGCAGAGUUUCUAGGAAACAGGGAGUAUCUCCUGACACAAGUCCAGGAGCCGCCUUAUGGUUAUCAGAGACCUCACCCACGACUCCAGCAGGGAAUGCUGGAUCAGAAUGGCAUCUACAUGGUGAUGCGGCAGAAUGGUCAGGGCUACCAGCAUGCAGUGCCAGCAAGUGGUAAGGAAAGUCAGUAUGGACUCAAGGACCAGGAACCUGAUAUGAGGAGGCAGAACAUUGCAGGUGUGUUAAGUUUCCAACAUGCGGAAGGCAGUCGACCAUUAACAGAGGGUUCUGCAGUCUCUAAUUAUGGGACACCAAACACAGUGGGUUUGAUAAAGAGGGAAGCUGGAGGUAGUCAGUCCCGCAGAGGGUCUCAGUCUCGGUUGGAUGAAGAUGAUGAUGAAGGUGGAUUUGUUACCAGCAACAAUAGAGGAAGUUCAGUAGCUAAUAAUUUACGGGGUAGUAAUCAUUCAGUGAGGGGUGAAAACUUUACGAAAGUUGUUGGUAGUGGGAAUUACAAUCAACAGCAUUCUUCUGGUCAGAGUUCAGAUUACGAAAAAGCAACGCAGAGAAGCACAGGACAGUCAUCGUCAAAUGCUGACUCAGGCCGAGGCAGCACUGUUUACAGUGGUGGUCAUCAGGUACCACAAGGAGGCGUAAGAAGGGAAGCAUCAGAGCAUCUUGACACAAGCACCGAAUCAUCAGAUUCACCACAGGGGAUCAGUGGCUAUAGGGAAGGCUUAUAUGGCUUGCCUGCAGCUCUGUCUACAGUAAAUGAUUCCGAGUGGGUGGACAUUGUGGAAUCUGAGCUGCGUCAAAUUCUAGACCCCAAGCUGCAUGGACUGGGUCACCCAGUGCCACCUGCAGGGACAAACUCGACACUCAGUGAGAGCAUCUCUUCCAUGACCCCACCACUGCCCCCCCUAUCACCAGGCGGUGGCUCAAGUCCCUCAAUUUCUCCGCAGAAUUCCACCAGAUACAAGCACAGCUCGAGGAAAACUCCACAAGGUGGCACUGGUGGAGGUGCUGUAAGCAAGUCACAUCACAGCUCACGUAUGAACAGUGGAGGUAAUAUGAAUGCAACUGGGAACAGGGGAGGUUGGAGCAAUCGUGGUGGCAGCAAGAACCAGCUCGGACCUGACAAACAGCACAGGCAAAAUGGGAUGCUUACCAGUGGGAAGAAAGGCGAUCAGAACAAGAUGCCACUUAGUGCUUCUGUGUUUGGCUUGGACACCACUGACCUCACGUCAACAACAACAGGCCUGGACUCCUUGUUGGAUGGCCACACUGAAAACAACUCAAGUGAUGAUGAUCUCAGUACCACUAUAGACACAACAGAUGCUCAUGCCAUCAGGAAGCAACUGGAAGGCCUUGAGAACAUGUACUCGGAAGUACUAAAACUACUUGGAGUUAAGAAGUAUGGUGGACGUUACCAACCGUCAGACCCCCGGAUUAAUAAACGUCGUCUUUAUGGCAGCAUGUCAUCUCUACCAAGUUCAGUCAGCAGUCGGCCAAUCAGAGACAAACGCAGACAAGAUGAAAGAAAGAAAGUGAAAGAUAUUAAGGGAAUCAACAAGCGGUUUCAGCGGCUCGAAUCACAUGUGGUGACAUUGGCGAGGAGCGUGGCACAUCUCUCUUCAGAGAUGCGAACCCAGCAUUUGAUGAUUCAGGAGAUGGAAAACAUCAGGGGGGAGAUCUCGGCCCUGCGAUCACAAACACUGGCAGUGAGAUCUCAGUCCGUGCCUCGAGGACUGAACAAUCUCCUUGCAUCUGGAGACAGAGAUGCCCUCACGAAUCCAACUAGGGUCAAGAAACUCACCAAGUUCUUUGGAGAUGAACCGCCACUGCUCAGACUGUUCCUGAAGAAGCUGGGGUAUGAGAAGUACGCAGGGACAUUUGAGCAAGAGCGUGUUGGCAUGGUGGAACUCCCAUACCUGACUGAAGAGAGACUGCAAAAGAUGGGGAUUCCCCUUGGACCACGAAUACGAAUCUUGCAGGAAGCCCAGGUCUCAGUCUGCAGGGACAAAAUUUAUGUUGUAUAACAGGAUUAAUGUACAGUAAAGGAAAUCACAGUGGGGAGUUGAAGGAUUAUGGGAUGCCACCACUUCGAUGAUUGUGUACAUGAAGGAGCAGUGUGUACUGUGAACUUAUGGAAAAAUGGAGAUUUAUGCCUACAGGGUGUUUCAGAAUUAUUUCAAAGCCAUGAGAAACUGAGGUGGAUCAACAGAACCAACAUUUAUAGCCUUUGCUGAGCAUUCUCAAAAGGACUACCUUAUUUCUAACUGGUACACAACCAAAAUAUGUAUUUUAGAGUUUGAAUUUAUUUUUAAAUCGUCUUCUCGCAUGUGUGUACUGGUGGUGCAGAUUGUGUACAUCAUAAAAUGCUUGAAAGCCCUUAUAACCGGGUCUGUCACGGUUUUCUUUUUUCUUAGGUUGGUCAUACAGGUUGAUUCUAGAGAAACACUAGCAGCUAAGCAUUUGUUUUUAAGUUAACAGAAUCUAAUGACUCGCAGAUGGAAAUGUCAUGAAGGAUGAGAGAGAGGUAUGUCUUUUGGUGCAUGCAGUGAGUGGUGGAUCCUGAACACACGCACAUCUAGUUAAUCAGACGGUGUUAGUGAAGACAAAAUAAACCAUGGUGCAUCAGUUCCUGGAACAGCUCAGUCUAUAAAGCGACUGCCACCACGUACUCAGCCUCUUCAUGGGUGACACCAGUGGCUCCAUUCCCUGGAGUAAAGUAGCCAAAAUGUAAAGCUUACCUUUCUCCAACAAGUAAUGCUGAGGUCUCAGCUCUUCACAUCUCCUUUUCACCUGCUUACCUUAAUUUAUCUUUAAAAAAGGCUCGCAUUUCAUGUGCAGUUUGGAGAACUUUGUCUCUUGAUAUGAGAAAAUGAACUCCAAUAGAUUCUUUAAACUUUGAAUGUGUCCCAUUCACUGUUUUCUGUUCUGAAAAUAGGUUCAUUUAUAAACAGCAGAAAACUAAACCAGCGAGACCUAAAAAACUGUUCUACGCUCAUUGCUGUGUGAGCAACUUUUGCAAGUUCUCAUAGAAUUUGAAAAAUAGCCAAGUACCACAUGGACAUGGUGGGUACUACCAGAGAUGGACUUAUUAUAAAAUUUCUUCAGCCACAUUUUGUCUCUUUACUCUGCCAUGCUUUGGGUGGAAAUAAAUUUACUAAUAUUAAGGUUAGCACAACACCAUGAGGAUAUACAGAGGAGUGGAUCUAUAGCACGACAUAUUCUUAACCACAGCAAUGGAAGAAAGUGGAUUUGAUACACCUGAUGAAAGAUCCUGGGUACCCUUUAUAUAAGAGGCUAACCAAAUGUGAAGUGCCCUCGCAAAUUUCUGUUAGAACUGGCAUAUGGUCACAGCCGCACCGACACACAAGUAAAUGUGCGGAAUUGGUUGUGAGAAAUCUGGAACUACAACAUGGAAGCAUAAAAGACAUCUACCAAAUACACUGCUAAUCUUGGGAGUGGAAUAUUUUUGUGACAUACCAAAGAUUAAUUACAUAAUCGACAUUAAAUACCUAUAUUUGAUACAAGUUCAUUCAACUGCCACAAUAAGAGUACUUAGUUAAGAUACAACUUGUUAAUAUUUAUAGUGGUCUUUUUAUGUACAAACAUAUUGUAAGCUGAAAUAUUACCUUCUUAAUGUGUUGGAAACUGUGAAUAUAUUUUACCAGUUUACUAUUCAA